GAACGCGCGUGAUUCCGCAGUGCGUUCUGGCGUGCCGUCGCGACUUCUUGUUUCGUCUGACAGUUGCUGCGGCUGGAAGCGGAUCGCUUCAGCUCGAUCGCGUGUCGUAUUCACCGCGUGUGCGUGGGUAGCAAAAUUUUGACGGCUGUUUCUGAGUGUGUGCGGUUUGUCUCUGCUGUAGCGGCGGCAGGGGCUAUGAGUCUGGCUGCGUGAAGGGAGAAGCAGAGAGGAAAAAGGAAGGACGAAGCCGGGGAGAGGCAAGAGGCUUCCAAGACGGCGCGACGCGCAAGGAAUGCGGCCAGCAUGGCGGUGUCGCAGGUGCUGUGGCGGCUGUCCGCCGCGCCUCUGCUGUUAGCGGCACUGACCGUCGUCCGCGCUGCAGACAUGACGCAGCUCUUCCUGCGGAGCCCAGAGGACGCCGUGGCGCCGCUGGGGGACCGCGUCUCGUUCGACUGCCGGCUGCGCUCGGGGGCGGACCGCAUCCGCUGGAAGCACGCCGGCCGCUUCGUGUCGCACGUGCCGCAGCAGGCGCAGUCGACGUCGUCGUCGUCGGCGCACCCGGCCCCCUCCGGCACCAGCGGCGGCAAGGGCCGCGUGCGGUCCAGCUACCAGGUGCACGUCACCAGCUACGACCAGGCCGGCGACUACCAGUGCGUGGCGUGGUUCGGUGCGGCGGCCCUGGUGUCGACGCCUGCACAAUUGCUGGUGGCUCGGCUGGACCCCUUCCCUGGUGGCGACGGGCCCAGCCAGCAGGUGGAGGUGCACGUGGCCGUGGGUGGAAGUCUGGUACUGCCCUGCCAGCCACCCCCGAGUGUGCCACCACCCGCGCUGCUCUUCUACCGGGACGAACACCGCCUCCAGCCCAGGAGCGCUGCUGCUCAAGCCGGACCAGGAAGACUGCUCCUUACUUCCCUGAGUGAGUCUGACUCCGGUAACUACACGUGUGAGGCUGUGAAUGACAUCACAGGGCAGCUGGUGAGGUCACCCCGUAUCUUCUCUGUGACUGUCACGAGGGACCCACCACGCUCCGCACCCCGUUUCCUGGAUGACCCCGUCCCACUGCGGAGGUACCCUGUUAGGGCAGGUGAUAAUGUGACGUUGCCGUGUUGGGCACUUGGACAUCCGACUCCAGUGACGAACUGGUUCCGGGAAGGUAACCACAAAUUGCACCCCACACGCUCUGCCAUGGUUCCUGGUGGACUGAUGCUGACAGGGACCACACUGGAAGAUACAGGGCGCUACAAGUGCAUCUUGGAAAAUUCACUAGGUUCUGUCUCGCUGGAAGCACUAGUUGAAGUUUUGGAGCCACCAGUCCUGGUGAGAGGCCCGAAGGUGGAUCGAGUGCAGCAAGGAGACAAUGUUGUUCUCGAGUGUGAGUUUCGAGGGUCUCCACAACCCAACAUCACGUGGGUCUUCAACGGAAACUCUGUGACCAAUGACAGCCACAUCACAGUUAUCAGAGGAAAUCUUGCCAUACAGAAUGCUGACCUAAAGCACGCUGGCAUAUUCCAGUGCUUUGGUCGAAAUGAACUUGGGUCAGUCUUUGGAUCUGCAAUGGUGGAAGUCGCUCCUAAUGCUGUUAGCAUAAAUCCAGAUGACAUCGAAGCAGAUGGCACUGAUAUCGGUGAUGGCAGUGCUGGUGGCAGUUCUGGUAAGAAGUCAGAGGGGCCCCACAAAGGCACCAAGGACCGCAGAAAGAUCAACCAUGGCCAUGUACGUAUGAUUCCUCCCUCGAGACCACAUGUCACACGCCUCUCAGACACAUCGGUGAUGGUGCGCUGGAAGGUGACCCCGAAUCACGGUCUGCCCAUCCAGUUCUUCAAAGUCCAGUACAGCCACAAGGGCCACGGGGGUUCGGGAGGUGGUGGCAAGCAUCAGAACUGGAUGACCAACAAUGGGGACAUACCACCCUACAUACACACAUAUGAGGUGGACAACCUGGAGCCCAACCAGACAUACCGGUUUCGCAUUGCUGCUGCCUACUCCAAUGAUGACAAUAAACUGAGCCCCAACCUGCGACACUUCCACCUGAAGUCGGACGUCGGCAUACACCUUUCGGCACCGACACUCUACAGGACGUCUGCCCUGUCCCCUACGUCCAUCAAACUCUACUGGAAGCAGUCAGAGCCGGCAGAGCUGGAAGGCUUCUACAUUUACUACCGGCCGGCGAGCACGGCUGGCGACUACUUGCACGUCACGGUGGAGGACCCGCAGGCAGACACGUUCGAUGUGGAGCACCUGCAGCCCGACACCACCUACGAGGUGAAGCUGCAGGGUUUCGUGAAAGAAGCUGCCUCGGCAUUCAGUGCCAUCCUCACCCAGAAGACUCUGCCUCUGCCCGUGACAGAGCCACCAGUUUCCGGAGCAGACAGCACCGUGGACGGGGCCAACAGUGCACAGGUGCUGGUAAAGACGGUGGAGGCGAGCGGGGCGGGCACCCUCUAUCUCGCCGUCGGCUGCAGCGUGGGCGUGAUCGUCGUCGUGUUGGUGGCAGCUACCGUCGUCUGGCUGCUCUACCGUCGUAAGGUCUCUGCGAGGGCUGGAGAGCGAGGGAGUGAUAGCCGGGACAAAUUCCCAGAGAUCACGGCGGUUGCCAAGGGCGGGCGUGGGGGUGGCCAGCAGAACGGCCGACCCCCGCAGCGGCUGCCGCAGACACAGCAACCGCUGGCCAACGGGAAGCUCACCAUCACCACGAACCCCCUGGCAGAGGCCGAGGAUGAGAGCCUGAUGGAGGCAGCGCGCAGCCAGAACAACAACUGCGAGGGUGUGGACCCGGCCACGGGGGCGUCGGUCCCUGCUGGCUCCACGGAGCUCGCCUGCUGGCGGCAGCAGCAACAGCAGCAGCCACAAGCGCCGAUCCCGUACUCGUCCUCGAAUCUUCCCCCAGAAAACUACGUGUGAGCACCCGAAGCUGUCGUCACAUUUGCAGCAUACAAACACACUUUUAGAUGCAAAUAGUGAGACUGCUGCAGUACCAUCAUUUCAGAAAGUACUGUGAGAAAAAAAAGUACCUCUAAUACCUUAGUGAUGCAGUGUGGUGCAGAUCACUUGAAUGUGUCGUGUUUGUGGCUUUCCCUUGGUGCACUGUGGAUGUACACUUAUCACCAGACAUGUGGUGUAUCCGUAAGAAAUGAAAACUGUGAAUACAGUGAAUUGCUCCUUUAGUAGCUUCUAUUUUGGUAAAAUAGUUAACAGCCAUAACUCCGUCCUGAAACUAAUCUCUUCCUACUGCAGUAACAUGGCCAGUGCCGUGGGCUGGAAGGUGCUUGUGAUUUGUGAAGGACACCUUUUUCUGGUGCUACACCUAUCAGACGUCAACUUUCAGCUUAUUUACUCGAGAAGAGAGACUGAACCCAUGCCCACAGAUCCAGUUUGUGGGCAGUGUACAAAUGUCUUGUGUUCUUUACUAAACUGGAAUGUGUACAAUUUAUUUCACUGUAGCUCUUUUAUCAUGAAAUGUUCUUAGCUUGUGACUGGUAUCCCCUUGGAGCAGUAGAUAGGUACACAGUCAUAUGAGAUAGAGAUUUUGGGGGUGGACUCCCUUUCCAAAUUUCACUAUUUAAAGAUAUCACACUUUCUUACUUCAGACAGUUAUUAAAUUGAGACUUCCUCAUCCUCCCCUUUAUUAUCCAGUGGGGGUUGGGGUGGGGAGGCAGUGGAGGGAGAGUAUACAGAGGAAUCAAGCAGUUAAAUUCUAUCUCCAGUGAGGUUUUUGCAUCAAUGAAUCAUGAAUCACUGAACCCAAAUAACCAAAAAGAAGUAAAGAGGAAGAGAAAAUAAAAAUGUUUGUUGAAUGCACAAUUCAGAAAUUAGAAGUAUUUGUGAGAGGGGUCAAUCUAAAAGUAGAGAAAUGUUUAUUCAAGACAAUGAAAGAGAAAUUAAUUUACAUCAUAUUUUGGUAUCUUACCUAUUUUUCUAUGUACCACUAUUCGAAUUUAAACAUUCAUUGUAGUGCUGCACAAGCUUUAUGCACACUCAGUUGCUGUUAAGUUGCUGAAUGUCUCAUUAGCAUCCUCUUUCAAUUUACUGUUAUUUCCAUAGUGCUUUUCGCAAAAAAAGAAUCCUUCAAUUUCAGGGAAACAUGGUAAUCACUUGGGGCCAAGUCUGGCCUAUAAGGAGAAUGUCCAAAAACUUCGCACUCUGCCUACAUAACUGUAGGUUAGUCAGAUGGUCCUUCGUUAAAAGUAUUUGUUCAUCCAGCAUUAAACAAGUUACACCAUUUUUGAACUGAAGUUUUAUUCAUAACAUUUCCAAGAAGUCCAGUUAUCUGUGCAUACAUUUUUAUGAGGGCAGAUUUUUUUUUGCAUAUAGAAACCAUAUUACACUAUAGGCCUCACACUUGGUGGGACAGUUACUUUUGUCACACAUUUUAGAAUCGGAGAACUAAACAGUAAACGAUUGUUCCCACUUUUUCUUAGCGUCAUACUGUAGCCAAUGAUUAUGAAGGUCUCUGACAUUAUGGAGGGGUGGGGUGUGGUGGGGGGAGGGAGAGUUUCACAGAGUGACUCUUGUAUUUGGGAAAUUCCAUCCCUGUGUCAUUUUCACUUGAAGUGUAACACGGUCUUGAAGGAAUCAAGAUUUGGAGAUUUUGUUCAGUCACUUAACUUAAUGGACAAAUCCCCUCUACAACCACUAGGAACCCAUAACAGAUACUGCAAAACACUCUGUAUAAGAAUAACUGAGGGAAAAGUACGUCAUGUCAGAAAAUAAAAGGAAUAUGAUACAUCUAGUGGGACAGUUAUGUAAACAGAAUGGUUAUUUCUCUUUAUUAUUGUUGCAGUGACAAUUGUCAUGCCCAUUUCACUCUCUGGUCUUUCAUUUGUCUUUGCCUAAUUAGUUAGUGACAUUCAGUUAUUCAGUCCUGCUAUUUUUCUGAAGGUCUGGAAAAAGUUUAAGAGGGGCACCAUGCCACAGCAUAAACAUAUGUUAAGAACCAGUAGUUAAUUUUAUAGCACACAGUUUCUAGUGUGUUAUGUCCUCAAGGAGGCAGCUCAGAAGUCUUUGUGCCCUUGUACAUACGUUAAAAAACUAUAGGUUUGUUAUGAGAAAGCACAAAGUGCCUGUAUAGUGCAGUUGCUUGUAUGUUUGCAGAGUAGCAGUCUCCAAAUAAAACAGUACUUCUUAGUAGCAAAAGUCUACAAGGGUUCAGUUUUCCUUGUGUAAACACAUCUGAUGGAAUUAGAAAUGUAAGAGUGACUUUUCAUAAAAGUGUCAUUAUUUUUAAAAAUAAAUUUUUGUACAGACUUAACUCUGCACAGUAAAUCACACAAUAGUUGUAUGUAUCAACUAAAAUUAAAAUCAGAUUAAUAUUGAAAUAUAGAUGAGUGCAUUAAAAUGUCAAAUGAAAAUAACAAAAAAAUAUAAACCAAACGCAAUGAUGCUCUUGGUUGCAUAAAUGAGCAGUCACACUGUAUGUACACUUUCUUAGGGAAGCAACACAGAAGUAGUGAAAGGUCUUCAAGCUCAAGUUUCAAAUCUUUAUUCACUUCUAAGGUAACUAAAUGUGCUGUGAGAUAUCUAUUUUAACUGUAUAUAUCUAGAACAGUAUUAGUCCUUGUAAUGAUAACACACCUGUCAGUUGACAUGGUCCUCCAUUGCUUACUAGUGAGACUGCAUACCUGAAACUUACAAAAGAAUAUGGUUGUGAGGGUGUGGAAUAUUUUAUAUUAUUGAUAGUAAAAUAAAUCAAACUGAAAUAACUAAGACUGUAUUUUUAAACAUUUUUAUAUCAAAAGAAUGAAUGUACUUUUGUAUAUAUUGUAAACCUACAUGAAAGUAUUUCUUACUAUUAAACUAUCACUUAUUCCUAUUUAAUGGAUGACCAUCCAGGAAACACUUUACAAUGUUUGAAUGUGGACCAAAAAUUCCACACAUCACAUGGCUUUCCUUUUCCUUCAAAUAAAAGAGUAAAAAGUAACUAUUUCUUUAUGUAUCUCAUAAUAAAUGCUACCAAGAUUAAUGUAAUAUUUUUUCAUCAAAUUUGAAACAGAAGUUAUACAGAUUUUUAUACAUUAAAUUUCCUUUCUCAUAGAUCCAAGGCAAUGACGUAUUUAAUAUGUGAAAUGUGGACAACUAACUUUUUACACAUCAGCUUUUUAGUGAGCAGGCAUUAAAGGUUCAUGUAAAGUCGAUUUUUUUCAGUCAUGGCUUUAUCUUAUGUGUACACUGUGAUUCUCUGAAGUCUAUGUGUAAUACAGAAACAAAUUUAUUCAUUCCUGAUGUGUGUGUUCUUGCCAGUAUAAAUUCAGUACAUUGCACAAUCUUGCCAAUGCAACAAGACUUAAUUAAGUUGCAGUGUCAGUUUUUGUAUUGAUGUAAUUUAUGUAUUAUAUUAUUUGUAUAACAUCUAAGUGAUUGUUAAUAUUUUUGCUCUAUUUAUAAAAUAUAUUAGCUAGUUUUAUAAAAAAUAAAAUAUAUUGUUUUUCUUUU